AUGGUGCACGGAUACAUAAGUCUGGUAAUCUGUGCUAUUGGAAUACCACUGAACAGUAUCAAUAUAAUUGUUCUAACUCGGAAGAAAAUGCAAACACCAAUUAACUGCAUAUUGACAUGGCUGGCUGUGUUCGAUAUCACAACAAUGAUAUCGUAUAUCCCAUUCGCAUUCCAUUUCUACUGUCAAUAUCCUGCGACGAAAAUAUCACCCAGCAAAAACAGCUCGGAAUGGAUGCAAUUUUUGCUUGUAUAUUUAAACAUUUCCGCUACGGCUCACACUAUAUCGAUAUGGCUAGCCGUGGCCUUGGCAAUAUUUCGCCAUCACCAUAUACAUUCACCAGCCAAAGGGAACCUUACAAGAAUUCGGCGAAUAAUUCGAGCAAGGCUGGUGGUCUGUAUAAUUGUGAUAUCUUCUGCUGUUGCCAUGAUACCAAACUACCUGAGUCACACUCUUAAGAAGGCACACAGUGGUGCGUACGUAUUCGAACCUUUGAACCUUGGUUCAGGAAAGGCGAAACCGAUAAUCUUGGUAGGGAUGAUUUUAUACAGUUGUCUUGCAAAAAUAAUCCCAUGUGUCCUUAUAAUUGUAUACGGAUCUCUUCUUGUGUUCACGCUGAACGGCUCACGGUUCAAUCAUACGAAGUCAUCAAUCGAUAGCACCGUUUCCGGUCGACAAUCAACACGGAGUACCCGUAUGUCUCGAACAACGAUUAUGCUUCUAAUUGUGAUCGUGCUAUUUUUAAUAACGGAGUUACCGCAAGGUGUUUUAAUACUGUUUUGUAUAUUAGAAGAAAACUUCUUUGAACAGAUUUAUAUCCCCUUAGGCGAUACAAUGGACAUAAUCGCCUUAGUAAAUAGCGGUGUAAAUUUCGUUCUGUACUGUACAAUGAGUCAGGAGUUUCGAAGAACGUUUAUUCGCCUUUUUUGUAGGCAGACUCUUAACGGAGGCACGCGCCAUGCCUAUGUAGCUUCGCACAUGAGAAAUGAGCAGUUACAUGCCACACUCGUUCAGCCUAAAUAA